AUGAGGUUCAAUGAUACUACUGAUCUGCUGCAGACCAUGGAACUGAUUGAUUCAAUCCAGCUUCUUGGAUUGGAUUAUCACUUUCAAAAGGGAAAAAGCGAAGCAUCAAGUCGAAUCCAUGAUGCUGAUAUUGACAACAAGGAUAUUAUGUAUGCCUUUAACGAGUUCAAAGAUGAGGGAGGGAGUUUCAUGUCUACGUUGGGCAGUGAUGUGAAGGGACUACUAAGCUUGUACAACGCAGCCUAUCUUGGGACUCAUGGGGAGAUCAUUCUUGAUGAAGCCAUCUCUUUUACGAGGAAUAGCCUAGUGUCUGCAUUAGCUGAUCUUAAACCACCAUUAACAACGCAAGUGUCUCUUGACCUCGAGACACCUCUCUGUAGGAGAAUUAGAAGGCUCUUGGCAAGAGAUUACAUAUCUAUAUACCAAGAGGACGCCACACGAGAUGAUGCCAUCCUGGAGCUUGCAAAGUUGGACUUCAAUUUGCUGCAAUCUCUUCAUCGCGAGGAACUUAAGAACAUCACCAUGUGGUGGAAUGAUUUAGCCUCAUCAAAAAAUCUCAGUUUUGCUCGAGAUAGAUUGGUGGAAUGCUAUUUCUGGAUCCUGGCAGUAUACUUUGAACCCUAUUAUUCUCGUGCACGAGUGAUAACGACCAAGGUGAUUGCCCAUAUUUCAAUUUUGGAUGACAUAUAUGAUGUCUAUAGCACAUUGGAGGAGAGCCAACGACUAACUGAGGCAAUUCAAAGGUGGGAUGCGAAGGUUGUUCAUCAAUUACCAGAGUACAUGAAAGAUUAUUAUCUAAAGCUAAUGCACACCUUUAAAGAGUUUGAAGAUUUAUUGGCUUCCAAUGAGAAAUAUCGCAUAACCUAUCUAAAGGAAGCGAUGAAAGAUUUAUCUGAAGCUUAUUUUGAGGAAUCCAAAUGGAGAGAUCAACAUUACAUACCAACUUUGGAAGAACAUCUACAAGUUUCCCUCAUAAGUUCAGCAUAUCCUAUGCUCGAAUGUGCUUCUUUUGUUGGAAUGGGAGAAAUAGCAACUAAGGAGGCGUUUGAGUGGAUUACUAGUUUCCCAAAGAUUGUCCAAGCUUCUGCAAUAAUUGGUCGUAUCAUGAAUGACAUUACUUCACAUGAGUUGGAACAAACUAGGGAACAUGUUGCCUCCACGGUCCAUUGCUACAUGAAAGAAUACGGAACAAAUGUGCAUACGGCAUGUAAGAAGCUCCAAGUUCUAGUUGACGAUGCAUGGAAGGAUAUAAAUGAAGAGUGCUUUAAUCAAACUACAUUCCCCAUUGCUUUACUCCAAAGGAUUGUUAAUUUUGCACGAAUGAUUGAAAUUUUAUAUAAGUACAUCGAUGGAUACACCAACUCCUCUACGAAGACAAAGGAAUAUAUCUCUUUGUUACUUGUGCAUCCUGUUCCACUUUGAUUGU